UUUAUGAUGGCUGCUUGCAUCUCUUAUUGACACCCGGAGAUUUUAUAUCCAAACAAAAGUUAGAAUGAGUCAGAGCUCAAUCAUUUUGACUGACAGCAAAGCCGGUUCGGAUAAAACCGGCGCUUCGUUAAUUCAAGUUGACUCAGACCACGACUUCUCGCCUGAAGGAAGCCGAAACAGCGAGAAAGUGUCGCUGUACAGUGACUUGCAUUCCUCAGUUAUCGAGAAGCGGAAGAGAAAAUUGUCCGAAGAUGUUAUGGAGACAGACGACUUGUCUGUGACUGAGGAAAGCGAGUUUGUAAUGUCAAAUAGCAAUUCGGCCAGCGAAGGUUUCUCAGUUAAUGAUGUCGCUGUGUUCUCUACUAGACACCUAGAAAAUAAAAUAACAUUUAUUAAUAGCGACGACUCAGAGGUAGGAGAAAAUGUUUUAGUUAGUAGACAUAAAAGAAGUUUACCCAAAAGACGUUGCAGGGAUAGAAUUGAAGAAACAGAUAGCGAAAAUAUACAUACUUCGAGAACAGGUAAGAAGCUACUUACUGAUGAGGUGCAAAAGAAGAAACGCAGUUUGUUCAGUACACCGUUGGCUAAAAAGGGACACCAAAUGAAAUCGGACCGGAAGGAGAAACACCAGGCUAACAAAGUAAAAGAGACUGAGCCGAAACCAGCGUCGAAAGAAAAGAUGAAAUCUUCAAAAGAUUUGGCGGAAGUGGAAAAAAGCGGUCAUUUGGAGAAUAAACAUGAGAGGAUGGGAGAGAGGCAGGGCAUGCGUGCAAUUUUGCCUGUGAGUGCAUUAGAACACGACACUAAAGUUGCCAAUAGGCUAGAGGAAGAGCGGCUCGUUCGGCUGAGUAAAAGGAGCAAAGACGGAAUGACUGAUUUCUACACUGAAGAAUCGGGAAAUAUCGUGGUUUAUACUCGGUUUUGCUUAGAAAAAGACGCAGAUGGGAAUGACCGCGUGAACAUGGAUGAAAAUGUUGUGAAGAAAUUAAAAGUUCACCAAGUAGAAGGAGUUCAGUUUUUGUGGGAUAACACUAUUGAAACUGUAGAGCAUGCUAAGAAUAAUCCGGGAAGUGGGGCUAUCUUAGCUCAAUGUAUGGGUCUGGGCAAAACCCUGCAAGUUGUCUCAUUUGUCCAUACUGUUCUCAAAGCCGAAUGUCUGCCUUUUCGUACUGUCUUGGUAAUUGUACCUACAAACACUAUUCUUAACUGGGUGAAUGAGUUCGAAGUUUGGAUACCUGAAAGUGAGAGGCUCAAUGUUGUGGAAAUUAGUCAGGAGAAAGAUGAAAAACAAAGAUCCAAAACUAUGAGCAAAUGGUACCAAACUGGAGGCGUCCUGAUUAUUGGGUAUCAAAUGUUUAGAUCUUGUGUGGGUAAUAAACGAAUGAUAGAACGGAAAUUGAAGACGAGAUUCAAAUGUACUCUUUUAAAUCCGGGUCCUGAUAUCGUUGUGUGCGACGAAGGGCAUUUGCUGAAGAAUGACGCAACUGCUCUUUCAAAAGCAGUGGCAAAAGUAAGAACUCUGCGGAGAAUUGUACUGACGGGGACUCCUUUGCAGAAUAAUCUACUGGAGUACCACUGCAUGGUCAACUUCGUAAAGCCUAACUUGCUAGGUACUAAAACCGAGUUCAAAAAUCAGUUUGUAGUCCCGAUUGAAAAUGGACAGCGAAAAGACGCCAGCGAGAUCGACGUUCGUGUUAUGAAACACAGAUCGCACGUUUUGCACGAAUUGCUUUCUGGGUGUGUUCAGAGGCGAGACUAUUCGUUCAUAAGGAAAUUUUUGCCCCCGAAGUACGAGUAUGUACUGUCAGUUCGCUUGACGGAAAAACAGGUCAUGUUGUACCGGAGGUAUCUAGAAGUGUUCUGCAGAACAGAUGAUUCUAAAAAGAAGAAAGAUAAAAAUGCGCCUCGAAGGAGUCUUUUUCGCGACUACCAGGCCCUGGCAAAGAUUUGGACUCACCCAGCGCUGUUAUUGUUCGACGAUCCCUUGUAUAAUGAAGAGGAGGGAGAGGAAAAUGAUUUAGCUGAGGAGGAAAGACCAGAUGAAAAGAAGAAGAAAAGGAGAGACAAAACCAAUGAGGAGGUUAAAGAACUGAAAAUUCCAAAACUUGAAGGGAAAGAUGAUGUAAAUCCUAAAGACAAUCCUGUAAAGCUCGUGAAGACUAAUGCAGAUGUUGAUAAUUGGUUCUCGAAUAUCCUCAUUGUUGAAGACCAGUGUGAUCUGUUUCUAAGUGGAAAGUAUGUGCUACUGCUUGAUGUGCUGAAAGGAGCACGUGUUAUGCAGGAGAAGGUGCUCCUGUUCAGCCAGUCGUUGGCAACUCUGACUUUGAUUGAAGAUGUGUUGGAGAUUGUGUCUACAAAAGCCUCUCACAAAAGCCAUAAAAGAGACAAAGGCUGGAAAAAGGACGGAACUUUUAACAUUGUGGGAACGGAGACAGGCAACGGAAGCUGGGAGUACGGCAAAGACUAUCUAAGGUUGGACGGGUCCUCGUCUGCAUCUUAUCGCAAAGAGAUGUGUGACAAGUUCAACUCGGCCGACAACAAGCGAUGUCGUCUCUUUCUCAUCUCUACUCGGGCUGGGUCUCUGGGGGUGAAUUUGGUGGCGGCCAACCGGGUCAUACUGUUCGAUGCCUCCUGGAACCCCAGUCAUGACAUCCAGUCAAUGUUCAGGUGCUACAGAUUCGGCCAAGUGAAGCCAGUCUACGUCUAUCGGUUUAUUGCACAAGGAACUAUGGAAGAGAAAGUGUACAACCGUCAAGUAACAAAAGAAUCUCUUAGCCUGCGUGUUAUAGACGAGAACCAAAUUGAUCGCCAUUUCAAUCGAGAUGAGUUAGAAGAUUUAUACAAGUUUGAGCCGGUAGUUUACAAGAAAGGAAAGACUAAAAGCAACCCUGUUUGCAGUAUACCGAAAGACCAAGUGUUAGCCGAGAUCAUGCUCAACCGAAAAGAGUAUCUCUACCGAUAUCACGAGCACGAUUCCCUACUUGAGCAUAAAGAAGACGAAAAUUUGAAUGACGAUGACAAAAUUGCAGCAUGGAAAGAAUAUGAAAAGGAGCGGAAAGGAAUCAGGUUUUUAGCUCGAAGACAAACCAGACAUUCUAAAUUAGUUCCCAAAAUAAGUGGCGAAAAAGUCGUGGAUGACUUUCAAGAUGAAGAUAAUGCGACAUCUAUUCUUGAUUACGGUGACUUCACCUUUGAUCAGGUCCAACAGGAAAUGGCAGAUUGGGCUUUGACAAUGCCAUCUGAAAAAUCAAACCCCAGUUUUGUAAAAAUGGCAAUUUAUCAGUUCGUGAAAUCGGUUAGCAGAAUGAACCCAGAAGUGGAUGAAAAAAUCAUGGUGAAGUACUUAUUUGAAGAUUUUCCCACAUUCUAUUUGAAGUCAAUCGGGAUCAAUGAUUCAGAAAAUGAUGAACACUUACUACCAAAUGCAAAUGCAGGGGCUAAAUCUUACUCCAAAUCGAGAGAUGGAUCAGACAGUGAAAUAAAACAGAUCCGAAGAAGCAGACGAAACAGGAAACACAACCAAGUAAGACGGCCAAGGAGCAUUUCUACUCGUAGAAAAGUCGUCAUUCUAGAAUCUACUUCGGAGUCGAACCGACGAGAAAGAGUGUCAAAUUCAACUAUCGACAGUUUAUCUGACGAGUACUUCCGAGACAGCAAACAGUUUAAAGACAAGCAAAGGAAGGAAAGAGUUUUUCCCAGGGUCCAAAAGUCAUUCGUGGCCUCAUCUUCAAGUGUCGAGGUAGUGCGAGACCAAAAGAAAAAUGGGCGAGAGCGAGUUGUCAAAUCUGACUCGGGAUCAUCAGUCAUGUCCAUCAACAUGUUCUAAAAGAUAAAAUAGUUUUAGAAACUUUUACGUGAGACUUUUGAGUUAAAUAGUUGAUAGUGGUGUUUACUGACAUAAAUUUUUAAUUCGCGAUUGCUCUAUGAAUU